AUGGCUACAACUGAGUCUGAUACAACAAGUGUGGAAUUGAAAAGUAGCUCAACUACAAACAUGGUUACAACUCAGUCUGACACCACAAGUGUGGAUAUUACAAGUGAUAUUACAAGUGGUGGUCAAACUACAAACAGUGCUACAAUUCAGUCUUACACCACAAGUGUGGAUUUAACAAGUGGUGCUUCACCUACAAGCAUUGCUACCACUCAAACUGAUAAAACAAGUAGCGGUAUAACUACAGAAGUGGCUACAACCCAGUCUGAUACAACAAGUGUGGAAUUAACAAGUAGCUCAACUACAAACAUGGUUACAACUCAUUUUGACACCACAGGUGUGGAUAUUACAAGUGGUGGUCAAACUACAAACAGUGCUACUAUUCAGUCUUACACCACAAGUGUGGAUUUAACAAGUGGUGCUUCACCUACAAGCAUUGCUACCACUCAAACUGAUAAAACAAGUAGUGGUAUAACUACAGAAAUGGCUACAACUCAGUCUGAUACAACAAGUGUGGAAUUAACAAAUAGCUCAACUACAAGCAUGGUUACAACUCAGUCUGACACCACAAGUGUGGAUAUUACAAGUGGUGGUCAAAGUACAAAUAUUGCUACAUCUCAGCCUGACACAAUAGGUAUGCUUACUAAUCAGUCAGAAACAACAAGUUUAGAAUUAGCUACAAGUAGACCAACUGCAAACAUGGGUACAACUCAGUCAGAUACAACAA